GCAAAUGGCCACGGGUACAAUUCACGUAGUCUCAGAAAUGCGAUAUCAAACAGAAUCCUAUUUUAUAUGCAAAAUAGAAUCGUCAAUGAUGAUAGGGGAACAGUGAUCAUUAUUACGUGUGUAUUCCUUCGGAAAUAAAGCUGUCCGCGAUUUUUUUAAGGUCGCGUUAUUUAGUUUUCCGCGGGAAAACAAUGUCUGGAUAUCGAAGAGUGAAUUAUUACGAACUGUGCAGAUUGUGUACUAGCAGCGAAGGAAGCAAAAUGAAUAUCUUCCGGGAAGAAGGACGUAGAUUGCAACUUCAAACAAAGAUUCAGACGUACUUGCCUAUACAAGUUUUGGAGGAAGAUUCUUUGCCAAAAAUUGUUUGCCACGAAUGUAUAAAGAAAUUAGAAAAUUUUAUUGAAUUCAGAGAGACAGUUGUGAGCGCAGAGGGUAUGUUAGAAUCUUAUUUCACUUCACUGCGAUUCUCAGAAGAUUUUCUAAAGGAGGGUAAGGUUUAUGUGAAAAGCACAGAAAAGGACAGACCUACAACCCCUGAGAAUGAAGUAUUAAAGGGAAUAGAGAAAGUAACAACAACGACUGGAAAUCAAAUAGUUAAUAAUGAUCAGCAAAUGCAGCAUCAACAACCUGUUGUUGUUAGUAAUAUAAAUGCCUCAAAUAUUCAAAUUAUCAGCGGAGUCCAAGCAAGAGUUCAACAAUACAAAUGUGCCAUGCAGAUGCAAGCAGGAGGUAUGGCAGCUGCUGUUGUAGAAGCAACAGCAGAAACCCAUUAUAGCUAUCAGCAACAAACUUCGCAGCAAGUAUCUCCUCAACAAUCAAAUGAAGCACACAAUCAAAUUAACGAUCAACAAACUACGACUUCACAAAUUCAACAAGUGCAAAAUCAAAUUCAAAAUCAUGGUCAAAUAAAUCAACAAAUACAAUCUCAAAGACAAAUUUCUCAGUCACAAAAUCAACCACAAGUUGGUCAGCAGCAGCAGCAGCAGCAACAACAACAACAACAACAACAGCAGCAGCAACAACAACAAAAUCAGACACAAAUAACACAACAGAUUCAGCAGUUACAAAGACAACAAAGAGAGUUUGAAAAACAACAUAGACAGCUUCAACAAAUUGAAAAACAGGUGCAGAUUGCUACACAACAAGAGUUUCCUAUUAAGCAGGAACCUCAAGGACAGGUAGUGCAUCAAAAUAAUAAUAUCAUUUUGAAGGCAGAACCUGAAUCUAAGCAAAAUCAACAAAUCAUUCAGAAAGUACAGUCUGAAACUCAAAAAGAUGAAAAUGGAACACAAAAUGUACAGGGUUAUACUGUACAAGCUACACCAGAAGUAUUUUUAAAUUUGGGAUUUAAAGAAACACCUUUGGUUGCACAAACUGUACGGGAUGAGUCAAAGGAAUUUAAAGAUUAUACAAAGUCAGAAGAUACAAUAUCUCGCAACUCAAUCGGACAAAUAUCUGAAUUCUUAAGAAUCAAAUCAGGGCCUGAACCAACAUCUUUAAUUACCGUAAAUCCUCAAGUAAUUUCACAAACUCAUAGGAAUGUCAUUUGCAAAGAGUGUGGAAAAAUGUUCACUACCAUAAAUCAAUUGAACACUCAUAGUUGCUCUGUUCAGAGCCUUUUGAAUGAAACUUCUGAUAAUAGUAGUAACAAAGAAGAUCCUUUACAAAGUAAUGGUAGUUCAUUUAGUUGUGAUGUUUGUGGUAAGCCAUUCAAACGAAAAGAACAUCUUUAUCAACACAGAAAACUACAUACCGGUGAACGUCCUUAUGUGUGCACUACGUGUUCAAAGGCAUUUAGUCGCAAAGAACAUUUAGUUAGACACUCUGUAUCUCACACAGGUGAAAAAAUGCACGAAUGUGAAAUGUGUGGUAAAAGCUUUUCUAGAAAAGACAAUCUUCACAAACAUCGUAAAACGCAUGGUGUAUCGGGUCCGUAUAUUUGUGAAACCUGUGGGAAGUCAUUUGUGGUAAAGCAUUAUUAUUUAAUGCAUUUAACAACUCAUGCUUCAACUAUUGGAGAUGGUGUAAAUUGUCAGGAUCCUUUACCAUACAAAUGUGAUAUUUGUCACAAAGCAUUCUCUGUAAAACAAUAUCUUACAACUCACAAACUUAGGCAUAGAUCAAAGUAUAAUAAUAAUUCUUCUCAGAAUACUGCAAAUAGUCAUCAACAGCAGCAACAACAACAACAGCAACAAACACAACAGUCCAAUGCUACCAGUAAUAUAAAUAUGGUAACAAGUAAUGUUACUAAUUCUGGGAGUCUAAAUAAUAGCAAUGGACAGUCUAAUAAUGGAUCAACAGUUGAAAUGCAGAGUGUCAUUGAAAGAAAUGAGCAACCAAAUGGUUCAUUCAAUAACCAGUAUCAUAAUAAUGUACAAGAGUUUCAAUGAGAUAAGGGGAAGCGUGUCUAUUAUGUUCUUUUGCCAAAUGGUAACAAUCACAAAAUUGUUGUUAUGUGAGCAAAAGAACUUCUAUGACGCGCUAAAAUAUUUUCUUAAACUAUACCUGCUGUUACUCGAGAAGAAAAUUUUUUGUACUUUAAUAAGGCAAGAAGACGGAUUUAAAUACUAUUAUUUUAAACAUAUUAAAAGUUAAAUAACUUAUCAUUUAUAUUAUACUAAUAAUCAGUCGGUCAGAAAGUAGAAUCUUCAGUGGCUUAUGAGCUUAACUUAAAGUACAUUGUACAUAUAUUUUGCCAGUAAAGUAUUACAUGUAUGAAAUGCAUGCUAUGUUUUGUAUGAAUGCACACUGUUAUUUAAUGUUCGAAAAAGUCGUGUGUUAAAAAAUUUAUGUGUGCGUAGAUAGUCAUGAGGUUGUUCCAAUACCUGAUUAGAGAUAUAUUUCUAAUUCCAUUAGCUUGAAAUGAAGAUAUUAAAUCAAUAUUUAAUCAGAAUUUUAGUUGCUUAUACUAAUAGAAUUAGUAUAGAAAUAUGUAUAACGUUUUUGUUGUAUAAAUUCUCAUUGAUAGUUAAUGAUAUAAUCAAUAUUUAGAUUUUUUUGUUAUAAACAAUCAAAUCAAUUUUAUAAAAAUAUUAUUGUUUAUAUUUUGCUUUGUGCAAUAUUUUUUCUUAUACAUAUGUUUAUGUAUAUGUUAGAUAUACAAUUAUUAGAAUCAAUGAAAUAAUUUUUGUUUUUUUAACCAGUGAUUGCAACAAUCUAUGACCAUUUUGCAAAGUAUUUUAGGAUUAUAUGAUUUGUAUGUAAACUUAGAAUGCAAAACAAAAUCUAAGACCAAAGAAAUUUAUAUUAUAUACAUCUAAAUUGGAUAAAUAAUAGGAAGAUAAAUGUAAGGUAAAGUUGGGUAUGAUCUACCUGAUUAGCUCUGUUACAGUUAAGAUUUUGGUUAAGUAUGCAUACAAUAUAUACAUAUAUUGUACAGCGACCUUAAAGUCGUUGUUUUCUAACAAAUGAGAGCGUGCCAUACAGUAAACUUUGGAAAUAAGUAUAUUGGAAAUUAUAAUUGUCUAAAAUUCUUGCUAAAUUUCCAGCAUAUAUUGACCAAAAUCAAGAAGAAUGAAGAGAAUUUAUAUUUCUUAAACCACAUUACUUCCAUUGUGUCUGUCUAUAUAAUUAGCGUAUAUUAUUACUUAAUUUAUGUUACUUUUCCAUUUCUUUCUUCUUUCUUAUAAUUUGUCUCUUACAUAAUAAGAUCAAACAGGGGGCAACUAUAUCUUCAAAUGAAAGUUCCCAGUAUAUAUUAUUAAUAUUUCAUCCAUAUACUUAUUAAAUUUUGUACUUUUGCACAAUAAUAGUGGGUUACCAAAAAUUUAUAAUUUGCUCCAAAUCGUUUAUAGUGAUAUUUAAUUUAUCUGCACCAUUUUCUUCACUCUGUUUGAUGUAACAAGUAUUAGUGAAGAAGAUUAGAUCGCACAAUUUUCUACCAUAUUUUUUACAGAGUAUAUCGAUGCGUAUUAUUUACUGAAAAUAAACAUAAAAAUCUUCAUUUAAAUGUGAGCACAGAAUUCGUGAUUGAACAUAACAAUAACGGAAUUUUGUUGUUGCAUAAUAAACGUCUUAAGAUACAAAUGAACUUUCUACAGUACAAAAGAUUUAUUUUAAUUACUGGUCAGACUUUAUUUUAUUAUAAAGUCUUGUAUAUAUAUAUGUAUAUCGAAGCAGAAGUAAUGAAUUUAAGACUGUGUUUCUAUAUCAGCUAGUGCUAGAUGUACAUUCGAAGUACAUAGAAUAUAGUAAUAACAUUGUAUAUAACAUGGUCCAGUGAAUAAGACGAAAAACUGUUAGUGCACUGUUCCUAAGGAAAAUGGUAUUUUCCGCAAAGCAGAAAAUACCUCUUUAUUCAUACUGAAAUAUUGUAAAGUAGAUAUUAAAUCCAAAGAAAAAGAGAUACAGUGCUUUUAUUAAUUGCAUACUUUGUGCCUAAUUAUUAAAGUUAUGAGAAUCAUUUGUUUUGGAGAUCUUUUUAUAAAAACAAAUAAAAUUGAUAAUCUUUGAUUUUAAGUAGCCCCCUGCUCUAUGUGCAACUUGCAAAAAAAUGACAUUACUUGUUCAGAUAUGAUUAUUUUUGAAAUUUAUACUGUUAAUUUUUAUAUUUUACAUUGUAUAUAUUUUCAAACUAAUAUUAUAUUUAAAUAUAUUAUAAUAUAUUAAAAAGAUACUACUAUAUUAUUCACUCCAAUCUUCCCAUAUAAAUUUAAAUUAAACAUCGUGAUUUUUAUUUCUAUUUACAGGGAAAUUAUGAUUUUUAAGUUAAUGAAUUAAAACGUUGAAUAUGCAUAAUGUAAUUUUAAUCCUGCGCGUUAUUUUAAGUUAUGUAAAUUAAUACAUAGAUCUACAAAGUAUAGUCUAAGUUAUGUAUAAAAAACGCAGAAACAAUAAAGAAAAAGCGCUAUUUAUUAAAUAAUUAUUUUUAAUAUUUCAUUAUUUAAGGAAACAAUAAAAAUGCUGUAUAUUAUCUGUUCUAGUUUAAACAAAAGAGCACUAGAAAUUGUUAAAUAACACUGAAAAAUAUGGAAUAAGUUAAAAAAAAUAUUAAUUCGAUAUUUAAGAAAGUCGCUUUGUUUUCAUUCGUAACGUAAGAUUUGGAAAAAGCAUUUUAAGUCAUACUAAAUGCUUUCUAAAAUUUUUCCGAUUCGUAUGAAUUGCAUAUAAAAUUUCAGUUAUACAUUUUAAUAUUUCAUCAUACAUUUUUUUGCAAAUUUGUUCUCAAUGAAUGCAAUUUCUUACAUAAAAAAACAUCUUUAUAAUGAACUAAGGUCAAGUUUAUAAGAAGUUGUUUAGUUUGAUCGGAAAAGUGUGUGUGUGCAGUCAUCAUUUUGUAUAUACAUAUACUUUUCAACAAAUUAAACAAAUUAAGUGCAUUAUGUUGAGACAAUUAGUUUUUAUGUCGAUAUCUUUUCGAGUAUAAUCAUCUUUAUUUAAGAUUGCAUGUAAUAAUCUGGUG